UUAAACGCUGCAAAACUAAAAAAACGACAGUAAUAAAUGCAGGACGACGAGUUCACUCCAGCGGAAAAACGAAAAACUAACAAAACCACUGCUGCAAGUCGAGACCAAUCCAGCUGUCAGCCCUGUAGGCAGCCGCUGUAAUCCCUCCCAGGACCGGAGAGAGCACAGGGAGCCUGGGCUGCUAAAUGCCCCAGCUUCACAGGGACGAUGGUGGAGGGUUGGUAAAGAUGGCGGCUCUCUCCGAGGAUGGGAGGUACGGAUUAAAUUGUAGCCAACAGAGCGCGGACGGAGUCACCGUAUAUCACGUCAAAUUGACCGAGACAGCGCUGAGAGCCAUAGAGAGCUACCAAAAUUGUCGGAAUGCACCUUCUUUACGGCCGACAAUACAAUUCAAGGGACUGCAAGGCCGCAUUAAAAUUCCCAAGACUGACUCCUCCUCAGACGCCUUCAACAGUUUCGAUUUCUACCUGUCUAACGUGGGCAAGGACAAUCCUCAGGGAAGCUUUGAGUGCAUCCAUCAGUAUGUUUCGAGCUCAGGGGCCUCGCACCUGGCAUUGUGCGCCACAGUACAGGACAAGGUCACCGUGUGCGCCACGAAUGACUCCUACCAGGUGACCCGGGAACGCAUGACCCAGGCUGCGGAGGACACACGCGAACGUGGGACCAAAGUCAUCAAGCCUGGGGGCCGGUACAGAGGAAAGCAGGUGCACACUCGUAAGGUUGCACUAGCCGCUCCAGACAUAGUCCCGGAGCGCAAACGCUCCACACCCAUCAACCCAGCCAACACUAUUCGCAAGUGCCUUUCCAAUAACCCCGUAUCCCAGCGACCGUUCCGGGACCGCAUCGUCCACCUGCUGGCGCUGAGGUCCUACAAGAAGCUGGAAGUGCUGGCCCGUCUGCAGCGGGACGGUAUCAACCAGAAGGACCGAAACUCACUGGGGACCACCCUGCAACAGGUGGCGAACCUGAAUCCCAAAGACAACACGUACGCUUUGAAGGACUUUAUAUACCGGGAUGUGCAGCGAGACUGGCCCGGCUACUCUGAAGAGGAGAAGACCCAAGUUGACAGGAUCUUAACUCGCAAAUUAGGUCUUCCUACCGAGACAAUCUCAUCAAGCAGUUCUCCCAAAGACGGCGUCCCCACAUCCCCCCAGAAGCGCAAGCCAGACUUUGACUUCAUCGACCCCUUGGCUCCAAAGAAAGCCCGCAUCUCCCACCUCAGCAAUCGAGGGUCUGCCACGUCUUCGUCCUCCGACCGCCGCGAGGACGACGGCAGCCCCAGCACUAAGCGCUCGUCCCUGCCUUCCAAUGUCACCUCGGGCCCUCCCACCCAUCUCCCCAUCUCAUCCCACCCUCCCGCCCCCUCUCACCAGCAGCCGAGCCCGGCCUCCAACUCCAACUCACCCAGCACCCCCGAAGGCUGCGGCACCCAGGACCUGCCCAUGGACCAGAGUUCCUCCUGCAGAGACCCGUCGCCCAGCCCCUUUUCCUCCGACAGGACUCUGCAGGACCGCUAUCGGAACCCCGUCCCCGUCCCCGUCCCCAGACCGGCCGCCUCUCCCAGUCCUCCUCCUUGUACCUCGCUCACAGUUACCUCUACUGUCGUCACCAGCUCUCCCUUGUCCAGCACUACCAAUAAGAAGUUCAAAAAGAAAUCCAAGAAGCACAAGGACAAGGACCGAGAGAGGGACAAAGGGAAACGGACGGAGAGAGGCAGCAGUAGUCCUCGCGGCGCGGCACAGCCGGCCGAGGAGGGUCACAGAGCCAAGAAGAGACGCAGUGCUGAGAGAGAGAACGGGGACGUUAUCAACAAAACUUCUCACAAAGAUCAAGACUCUUCGAGCAAAGAGAAGCCGGUCCAGUCUACUGAAUUCUCAUCCAAAAUUGAGAUGCCCGACUAUGUAGUGAAGUACACGCCGUUGGUGUCCACUGACCAGCGUCAAAGCUACAAGGAUGACUUCAAUGCAGAGUACGAUGAGUACCGCCUGCUGCAUGCCCGCGUGGAGAGCAUCACCCGUCGCUUCACCCAGCUGGAUACUCAGUGUCGGAAACUGGCACCUGGUACCAAAGAGCACCAGAAGAUGCAAGAAGAAGUCUUGAAAGAGUACAAAAAGAUGAAGCAACACAGCCCCAACUACCAUGAGGAGAAACUGCGCUGCGAGUACCUGCACAACAAGUUGGCCCACAUCAAGAGGCUAAUAGCUGAUUUUGACCAGCGCAGAGCCCAGGCCUGGUGCUGAGAGCACAGCACUGGACGUCUUCACUAAUCAGUAUUGAGAAUGGAGCAUCAAACCAGGAGUGGGUGACCAUCUGGCUCUUAUUUAUUAGCACCCCUUCAGUUCCUGCCUCCACCACAGUCCCACCCCAACCCUCUUCCUUUUUCUCUCUCCCCCCCUUUUCCGCUUGUCCUUCUUCAUUCCUUCCUUUUCUGAUCUUUGAUUCCACAGGCUUCAUUAUUGCCUGCAAUCUCACUUUGACUUUACCCCCACCCUUUGCUUCCUCGAUAUUUUUUUUUUUUCUUAGUUAGCUCCUGUGGAAUUUGAUACCACUGGACCAGUGGAAGGGGGCCGCCUGCAUGUGUGACGGGGGUUUGUGGGGUGGAAAAAAAACAAAAAAACUUAUAAAACUCUUCACACCUUUGAAGGACUUUCUGUUAAGACAAAAAAAAAAAAGUAUUUUCAAGCAUCAUAAAAAAUAUUAACAUGUAUUUAAGUAAAAAAAGAAAAGAAAAAAAGAGGGAGAUCUAUUUAUUUUGAAACUCUUAGUGCAAAACAAAAGUCAGCAGAUGAUAUAUUUAAUUUUCUUUUUCCUGAAAACAAUGCGAAAAAAAAAAAAAAAAAAAAUGUACCGCGGGCCUUAUGUGUUUUGACUUUGUGAAGCCAUUUUGCACGCAAGAUUCAAACGUCAUCUCAUCUGGCAAAGAUGUCUCUGCCGCCUCCUUUCCUCCCUCUUCAAACCGAGCUCGAGUCGCCGAAGAGGACGGAAAUGGGACGGGGAAGGAGAAAUCACUUGAGCUGACUGAGAAGCAACAGUAUGUGUGCAUGGGUUGUAAAUUUAGUUGUAACGACCACACGGGUGGGGAGGGGGGGAGAGGGGUGAGGUUUUGGGGGGGGGGGGGGGGGGGUAAUAAAGGAGUAUGAUCCCCUGUCAGUAGGGGGCAGUAUUCCCUGCGCCAAACAAUGUUUAAUGUUCAUGGUGCAUUAUGGGUGCCUUAAGGUGUUUACAUUUGAAAACGUCGAGUUUGGCCGACCCAUAGGCUAUACAAAGGAACUACAACAGCCUGGAAACAGGUGUGCGUCUGUCUGUGUGUGUAUGUGUGUGUGAAAAAGAGAGAGAGAGGGAGCGUGCACGCAGGCAUCAAGUGUAGUGGAGGAUGGAAGGGAUGUCGAGUCCGGACGGAGUGUUACAAAUUAUUGUAUGCGUGUGUGUUCGUAUGCGUGUGCAUCACGUGGAGUGACGGGUGAAAGGAAAAUGAAAAUGUGGAGGAGAAGAAGUGAGGAAACAUGGAAAAAAACAAAACAAAAAUAAGCUGCUAUAGUGUUUGACCGGCCAGAGCUCUCAGGAUCAGCCUGGCCGGAGUAACAGUACCUGAUCCUAAUUGAAGAGAUACAGAAAUUAAUCCUAAUUUUCCAGAGUGGCUCCUCCCCAGGACCCUGGAGGAAGACUGCGCCCACUUCUUUAGCUUUAUCCAGCGGCAAACAGUCAGUGUUUCUGUUUAGAAGAGAAGCUGAAUCUGUCAUCCACCUGAGGACUUGUCUGUAUUAAGUUGUCAAAUAUAUAUGAUUCUCAGUUUGAGCUCCGUGGAGCAGUGAAAUAAUUCUGAGUAUCUUUUUUUUUUUCUUUUCUUUUCUUUUCCCAACACUGCUACAGAUUUAGUUUCAUGGAUGGAUGGAUAGAUGGAUGGCUUUUAUGAAAUUCUUUAUUUCAGCAAGGGAAAUUGUUUACAAAAGUUGUGUUAGAAUGUUUGCCAAAAAAUAAAAAAUGCCUUUGUGGAACUGCUUCCUCGAGAGGAAAAUGUCCGGUCGGAUGAGAGGAGGAGACGGGGAAACUGGCAUCUGCGUCUCGUUCGCGGAAGAAUAACUAAAACAUCCUGAAGCUUGUGGAACCUGAACGUGGCGGCUUGGUUCGCAGUGGUCGAGUCCCAUUAAAAAAAUGUAAAAAAAAUAUUGUGGACAAGCGAGAGUCUGUCCGGUAUCUGGGGCGGAAAAACACGGCCGCCCAAAAUAGAUUUAAGUAAAUAUUAUCCAGUUCUGUUUGGAUUCUAUUUUGAUUGUGGCAUUCUGUCAAACAGUCAGUCUCUGCAGUAGACUGACUUGUUUCGGUCGUCUGUCAGAAUCACUUCAGGGUAAUGACUGAACUCUGCUCAACUCUCUUGUUGUCUCAAGUCUUGUGUCUUGGAGGCGUUAACAACAGCAGAUACGUGUCCACACAGCUCUGGGCUACAGGGUCAGUGUUUUGAUUUAUUUUUCCUGAUUUACUCCUAUUAUGGUUAUUAGUUGGAAUUUUUAGAAAGGGCCACUGCAGCAGGAUGUGAUCAGUCACCGGUGUCCUCCUCUCAGCCUUCCAAAGAUUUUCCUCAGAGAGACGUCAUCCACCUCAGUCAGAACAACAGACGUUAGCAUUACGCCGCUCAGUCCAAUGAGGGGAGAAAACUAAAGCAAAAACAGGGAAGGGGUUUAAUCAGCAGUCUUAAUAAGGAAAAUGCUCCGGCGGUGUUUAGACUUAACCACAUGAAAUCAAGUGAGUUGUGAGUUGAAUCUGAUGCUGCCCACCUGAAAAUGUACGCAACAUUUCAAUAAAAGUGAACUUUUACCUGGA